GAUCUUCCCCGCGAGUGUCGGUAUUCGGUUCGCGGUUAUUUAAUUUUUCAAAAUUUCUCGGUGUCGCUUCGUCGAUCGUCGAGGAUCAAAGUCGAGGAAAAGGCGCAGCGAAAUGUUAACGUUUCUACUCCUUAUAUUACUGUCAUCGUGGAGAAAUCGGAACCACGCGCUCCACGUUUCUUCCGCGUCCUCGAAGACUUCUUCGAAAGCUACCCAGCUGACCAGAGGGACUGUCAACGACAUUGUUUCCAGAAACAUCACGAUGGUUCUUGAGAACCUUCUAAUGAACUACGAGAACAAUCAACUGCCUACUCACGGAAAGGGAACGCCAACCGUGGUAAAAACCAAUAUUCUGAUAAGAAGCAUGGGUCCUGUGUCGGAACUCGACAUGGAUUAUUCGAUGGAUUGUUACUUUCGACAAUCUUGGCGCGACUCUCGUUUAAGCUUCUUGGGCCCGAUAAAGUCGCUCAGCUUGAGCAUCAAAAUGUUGGAAAGAAUCUGGAGGCCGGACACGUAUUUUUAUAAUGGAAAACACAGCUACGUGCAUACCAUCACGGUGCCGAAUAAAUUAUUAAGAAUCUCGCAAGACGGAGAUAUCCUUUAUUCCAUGAGGUUGUUACUAAUGCUUACUAUAAAAGCGAAAUGUCCAAUGGAGCUUCGAAAUUUUCCCAUGGAUCGACAGUCUUGUCCGCUUAUUCUCGGAAGUUAUGCGUAUACGUCCGGUCAAUUAAUUUACGAAUGGCAAGAGGGCUCCUCCGUAAAUUUCGUCCCUGGAAUGGCUCUUUCGCAGUUCGAUCUGAUGGGUUCACCGUACAGGAAUUUAACUUUUGUUCGUCGCGAAGGGGAAUUUUCAGUUCUUCAAGUUUCCUUCAACUUGCAACGAAACACCGGCUAUUUUCUCAUCCAAGUUUACGUACCCUGUGUUUUGAUAGUAGUCCUAAGUUGGGUGUCUUUCUGGAUUCAUCGUGAAGCUACUAGCGAUCGAGUCGGUCUAGGCAUUACUACCGUUUUGACACUGUCCACGAUCAGUCUCGAUUCCAGAACAGACUUGCCUAAAGUCAGAUACGCCACUGCCCUUGACUGGUUUUUGUUAAUGAGUUUUGGAUACUGUAUCGCUACUCUGUUAGAAUUUGCCGGCGUGCACUACUUUACAAAGGUUGGUAGCGGAGAAAUUCCUUUGGACGAGGAAGAGUUGGAAAACGAGAGCGAAACCGACUAUCAGGAUGGGUUUUGCGGUAUCGUGUCGCGCAGUCCUCAAACGGUUCACCCAGAGACGAUAAUAGACGUACCUCGAAGGAGAAGUUCUCUGUUAUGCGAUGUUUAUGACGUUAAUGAAUCCGUUUCUUACGGAAGAGGAUCGAUGACGGUCUCCGUUACGUCGAAACCAUCGACCAUGGAACGACAAACGCAAACGGAAGUGUGGAUACCGAAGUGGCGACAAUUUCUGUAUUGCCUUGCUGGUGACGAGGAGUUCAGGAGGCGCAGACAGAGGGAAGCAGCUGGAAAUUGCAGGAAGAAAGGCGAAAAGAUCGCAAGACACAUAAAUAGCGUGUCUUACAUCGACAAAGUGGCGCGAGUCGUAUUCCCCGCUUCUUUUGGACUGCUCAAUGUCUGCUAUUGGGUCAUUUACGUCACUUAUCAAGAGGAAUUUAAGUGGCAAGAUCCACCGUUUGGAUCAAUUUCUCACUGAUUCGAUCGAUAAUUAAUCAAAGUAAUCGA